UCCACAGUCGCAGUUCGUUCGCGGGGUCGAGAAAAUCACACACGCACCAAUCCGGGAAUUCGUUCGGUCGCGAGAAAAGAAACUUCGGGUUGGGGACAUUCCUGCUGCCCGAAAAUUGUGGACCCCCAUUUUGUGAUUCGUGUGCGUUUGUUGGUGUUGGGGGGUUAUUGUUUGUUGAUCUAUUGUUUCCGGAGCCAGAAAAUUGGCGGGCUCACUCGGUUUGAACAAUAGAAAGCCGAGGCAGCCCCAUCUUUUUACUUUCUCUGUGGUGCGUCGCUGCAGCAGAGCAACGAAAAAGAAAGGCUAGCUGCGUUUUUCUCUGUAUUUUACAACACAUUCGGAUUGUGCAAGUGUGUUGGGAACGGAUGCGUGUCGUGUUUUUCGGAAAUUUGUGUGUAUGUGCGCGUUGGAUAACUGUCAAAAAGUGUCCGCGAAUUGCCCCCCAAAAUAAAUACCCACUGUUGGCUCAGGAUAGCUAGAUUCCUUAGAUCGGGGGGAAAAAGUAGCAAAUCGAAGGAGGCUCAUCGCGACGAAAAGAGGGCGAAAAUAGAAAAUGUGCGAUUUUUGCUGUGUUGUGUGAAAUCGUCGCGGAAGAAGAAGCGAGUGAGAGAAAGCAAAUAAAAAAGGAAGGAAACAGACGUCGCGGAACGGAACCACUAGGAGGAUCGGAAGAAGAAAGGCCAACCCUGCCGCAUCUCGUCGUCGAGAGUCGCCUUUUUCAUUUUCGGCAGUGCGCUGCCAAGGAUUUUUCGCAUUGUGAUAAUAGUUUUUUUGUGUAAGUCCGUCUUCGUUUUUCCUCGAGGAGGUAUCCGUCAAAGCCGUGGCCACCUGCAAGGCAAUAAGCCUUGUCCUCCCAAUAAGCCCUAAUCCGUUACAAAUCCGUGCUUGUCGAAUGUCCGUGAAAGUAUUGUGCGUGUGAAUUUCAAUCGGAGCUGCUGGUCAUUGUUCCCCCGUUAGCCAAAAUUAAAACAAAAGAAAGCAACCAUUUUCCUCCAUUCCUCCGGUGGAACGCAAUCCGAUCUUGAGAAGAGACGAACCAUAUAAAAAUAGAACCGAGGGAAAGGAACGACCGGAUCGGAAGCAGCCCGAGAUAACCGAAGGAGCCGAAAAAAAGGAUUUAGUGCAAGAGCUGGUUGGCAAAAACUAGACGAUCCAAACAGCUACAAACAGUUUUUCGAUGCAACACACUAGUUGAAACGAAAUUCAAAAAUCUCCCCAAUCGACAAAACGAUUGAACACAAAUCAAUCGAUGCCUAACCUAGUCAAGACAAAUGACCACUCGACAGUUAAAAGUUACGAAUAAUUAAUAGCAAAACAAAAAAAAACGGGUUCAGGUCGCCACCAGCGCUAAAUUAUCCAACCAAAAUCCCGUCCCGGAGCGAAACAAAAACAAAAGAAAAACCAACCUUAAACCUGACGAAAAGUGCGCCUCCGUAAUAGCGAGGGACACAAGAAAAUUACAGAAUCAAAAUAACGAAAAAGACGACCGCUAUGAAAUUCCCCGGCGGAAAUCAGUUGCUAUUCUGCGAGCAGGUUGGCACGGUAACUUCCUUCUUCGAACAAUGGAACGACUGCGAGCGAACUGUGGUUCUGUAUGCUCUGCUGAAGCGGGUGCCCUUUGCCAAUCUCAAGUUCCUGCAACUAUCGAUCGACUACAACCUGGCCCAGAACUACAGCUCCCAGAGCAAGCUGCAGCUCCUGGAAACACAUGCCAACAAUGCAAAUUACCUGAACAAACUCGUCCAGCGUUAUCAAGUCUGUUGCGGCGGCGGCUCUGACGAAAUGUCCUCCUCGACAUCGGCUCUGAAUAAUAACAACAACAAGAAUAACAUCAACAUUAAUAACAACAACUCCAGCAUUGCCAACAACAAUCUGACCAUUUCCGAUUCCGGCUACGAAUCGGAGAAAAAAAACUCAACCUUCGACCUAUCGUCGACCAGCUCCCUGUCCUGCACGUCGUCCACGUCUGCCCUGUCGUCCUGCACAUCGUCCUCAUCCAACGCACCCAAACCCGCCGCCGUCAAUUCGUCUUCCUCGUCCAGCUCAUCGUCCUCGUCGUCGUCCAGCACAACGUCGUCGUCAUCUUCAUCCACCGUUAAUCCUGCGAAAGCAUCCGUUGCAGUUGCUGUUGUUAAUGUUGCAGCGACCGGGCCGGAUCUGCACAGUGCUGCAAAUCAAAAGAAAAAAAUAAACCAACCAACUACGGACAAGGCCACCAUAAGCCGCAAAAUGUCACCGCCGUCGCCGAUUCCGCCCCCCAUUUCCGCGAAGUCCGCGUCCGAAACCGAAACCAAGAAGGACAUUCUAAACGACAUGCUCACCUACCUGCCGCUGCUGAAGCCCGGCAACGACGACGUUAAGAGCGUCUACAUGUCCCUGAUACCGGCCGCCGUCGAGGACGCCUGCCAGCAGGCCGUCCCGACCGAGCUGGUGCAGCACAUCCUGUCCUACCUGCUGAUACAUCCGGCGGUCAACAAUGACGAUCGAAGAUCUCUAAGCUACUGGCUCCGGCACCUGGAGGAACACAUCGCCACCUCGUAUGUACCGGCUAGCGGUCCAGCCACUACUGUGACAAAUGCUAAUUCGAACAGUAACAACCAUCACCACCCUCCUCAUCACAGUUCCGGCGGCAACAAGCUGAUGAAUAGCAACAACAGCUAUUUCUCGUCCCAACUGGGCGGCCCCCAUCAUCCGCAGCAACAGCAAAUGCUGGGCGCAGGUCCACCGAACAAUAACGCUGGUUCCGGCAAAGGUGCUGGAAGCCAACAAUCGUUGCACUAUCUGGCUACGGGACCAUGGCCCCCGCUUGUUGCGCCACAGCAACAACAGCAUCCACUGCACAAUCAUCUGCCCCAACUGCAGGCGACGGUUAAUCAUCAUCCGCCGCCGCCCCUGCAGUCGGCGUCAUCGUCGAACUCAUCGCUGCUUUCGAAAUCACAACAAAGUUUGAAUCACGUCGGCGGCAACAGCGCUUCAACGAGCUCCAGUAGUUCCUGUUUGGACAGCGGCUCCUCACAACUGAUCAAGACUGCCAAGAACAGUAGCAUGCUGCCGGGAGUCGCGGGUUUGGAAUGGAGCACUUCUGUGACGAAGGACCCCAUUUCAGCGUGUGAAGAUGGCGGUGGCGGAGGUGUUGCUAGUUCCGGGAAGAAUGGUGUUCACGUGAUUGGAAGCAUGGAGAAUGUGUCCUUAAAGGAAUAUAUUCCCGUAUCGUUCAAUUAUCAUCCUGCAGCAGCGGCAGCUAAUGUAUCGCAAAAUCACAGCAAGCACCACCAUUUGAUAGCACCUUCUAGUCAAACGCAAGGUCUGCUGGGCAGCACUAGUGGCCACGGUAGUGGUAGUAAUUUGAAUCUGAAUGGCGGUGGUGGAGGUGGCGCAGGGCAUACCGUAGUAUUGAGUACCAGCGGAGCAGAUCUGGAUUCGUCAGAUGAUAAUCAUCUGAGUUUCAGCAAGAAUGGAACGGAGAUAUUCGACUACGAUUGUGAUUUUGAUAAUGAAGAGGAGUUCAAAUAUCUGGCACGAGCUGCGGCUGCUGCCGUUGCUGUUGCUGCUGGUGGUAACACUAGCGGGUCGAACGUGUCUUCGAUGAGCGGAAAAGGUGCGGCUGGUUCCGCUGUAAAUUCCGCGGUGAACUCGUCCCACAAUAGCAGUGGUGUGAGCAAGAAUCGAGUUUCAUUCGAUGCCAACAUAAGUGAUUACCUGCGGGUUCCUCCAAUCGGUGUCGGGGACUUCGAUCUGGAUGGCAGUGGGAUGAUGAAAACGCGUCGCUCUAAUAGUUUAACUACAACGGUUGGUAAUGCAUGUGGCCUCACGAUGGGUGAGCUGCACCAACAGCAGAAACAGAACAACGAAUGUCUUUCGGCGGAAAACCUGAGCAAUCUUCAGGUGCUACAGAAUAAGCCGCGUAGUUUUUCACUGACCAUGGAAAGCCCCCGGUCCUCGCUAACUUCCAGCGGGUCCGAGACACGGUUGGAUGACUUUAAGCAGCAUCAAAUGAUAAAAAUGUAUGGGCAGACUAACGCGGGUAUGUCCAGCAUUGCCCAUUGGCUGAAGAGCUUACGGCUGCAUAAGUACGUUUGGCUAUUUACUAAUUUGACGUACGAACAAAUGCUCGAAAUGAACGAGGAAUAUUUGGCUAGUUUGGGUGUCACGAAAGGAGCCCGUCACAAAUUGGUUUUGUGUAUCCAGAAGCUGAAUGAAAGAUACGGUGUUUUGGCUCGUCUCGAGAAAGAGCUGUUGGCUAGCGGUGGAUCCAAGGGGCACCUGAGUAUUGUUUUCGAAGAAUUAACCAAUAUUGUGUUGACGCCUAUGAAACCGGCUGGGCGUGGAGAUAGUAACGAUAUUGCAGGGCACUUUAUGAAGGUCCUUGAUCUGAUUGCUUCAAUUCUGCUGGUACGUUCCCUACCGGGAGGUUUCGGUCCGCAGCAGGAGGAAGAAUACCUGAAUGCCUUCACCUGGCUGUUGGACCGGGCAAUGCACAAUGACGCGUUCGCUGCCCAUAUCUUACAAAUCAAGGAGUACAAAUACAAGGCCAACAAGUUGAAGGUCAACUACACGCCCAAGAGUCAUUACCCGAAAAACCAGAGCAUGAACGGAAGCAUCAACAAGACGAGGUGGCCAGCUACGAACAAGCACAAACCGAACAAUUCCGAUGGAAACCUUCAGAAAACACCGCACCGCAAGAGUUCUCUGCAGUAUUUUACUUCUCCGUUGCAACCUCAAGCGCAACAGCAACAAUCACCUCAACAGCAGCAACAACUCCACCAACAGCAGCAGCAGCAGUCAUCUGUCGGUGUUAGUUCUACUUCCGGCGGCGGAGGAUCGCACAGCCACCUACACACAAUUCCUCCCCCUUCGCAUGCAUACGGGUAUGGUGGUGGAAGUCACAAUCCGAAUGCCGGAACAGGGCACAACAACAGCUACAAUAAAAGUUCGUCCUAUCCAAACUUUGCCUCCGGUGGUGGAAGCGCUGGGAAUGCGAGCGUUAACGGUAGCAACAUGGUUAAGCAUCAUCCUCAGCAUCCGCAGCCAAUGGGAGGACAACAGGGCCCGCCACCACAUUUGCAAAAUCCACAGCAACAUCAACAACAGCAAGUUCAUUUGGCUCAUCAACAGCAACAACAGCAGCAGCAGCAACAACAACAACAACAAUCGGUGCAUGUUCCUCCCGGUGCUUUCAUGUAUCACAGGCAUUCAUUGAACAACAUAUCCGCUCACCAGCACCAGCAACAAUUUUUGCAACAUCUGCAGAAUCAACAGCAGCAACAACAGCAACUUCCAUCAAUUUUCCUGACACCCAUGGGUGGAGGUGCCUCCCCGAAUGUUCCUCCACCGAACGGUAACAACAAUUCCGGCAACGUGAGUCAGGUUUUAAGUCCUCAACCGUUGGACCAUUCGAUUGCUAGUAGUGCUGGUGGACCCCCCAUAUCAUCGGGAGGUGUCGUUGAGCUGCAUUCCUCUGGACAAGUUGCUACAGUCGUCAGCAACGAUGGUAAUCCAGCUGAAGGGUUAAAUAGCAGUACCGGAACCACCGGUAACAAUAGCAACAACAAAAGCCAAAACAACAGCAUCGGAGACAUCAACAGUCGGCUUGAAUUUCUCUGCUUGCAGAUGACCGAGCAGGCUAUCAAUUAAACGUGGGCAACAAUGAAGUCGGUUCAUAAGCUUCCCUGCAUAGCUAGCGGGGAACCUACACUACAUAAUGAUAGUUAGCGGCAACUAGUAACGGCAUAGUAGCAAUUGUUAUUUAGGAAGUUUAUUUUAUACUUAAUUAGACGGCGAUCGGUGAUGCGCUGAUAUGAAAAAUUCAAGGACCUCGACGGUAUAAAACCAGAUCAAGAAUUAGACAAACGAAUCUAUUUAAAAAGAAACAAAAAACACAAACGAAUUCUCUCCCGGUGAGAGAAGGCAUAAAAAACAACACAAAAAAAAACAAGAAAAUUGAAAUUGAAAAACCCUCAAUCGACGCAACUAAAUCUAAAAUUUCUAAAUCACCGUAUCGAGGUCGUCUAAGAUGGUGUGUCAACAUAUAUUUACGGUGCAGACAAAUCGAUCGACCACCACCGACAGGAAAAUUCAAAUCUAUUGUGUAGUCAUAUUUUUCAAACUCUUGACGCUCUUUUGGAGAUUAAAAUCUACAAGUAGCAACAAAAAACCACACACAGAAACACUAUUAGGUUUAGUGAAAAAAAAAGUUUUUCGAUCAUGUGAAAAGUGAAAUCAAAUCCUUGGUGUACGGGUGAUGAUGAAAAGGAUACUCUUUUAUAUCUAAUAGCUCUACAUUAUGUAAUCUGAUAAAAAGAAACAAAAUCUUUCAAAAAAAAAAAAUACCAACACAAAAUUAACAAUGAUAAACAAAUUCUCGUAAAGUAAAAUACAAGAAGGAAAAACAGAUACGAUUCCCAUUUUGUCCUGUUUGGUUGUUAAACAUAAAAAUGAAGAAACCUUCGGUGUUCAGUUAAAUGGAAACAUCUACGUGUAUUGCGCUCGAUGGUGUUGGUUAAUCUUUGAUUAUCCGCUGUGAAUUAUAAUUUUCAGUUUAGAGUAAAUAGCGCUUUACCUCUCAACAAUCAAAGUUUGAUUGAACGUUUUCAUUGAGUUUAUAUCAACUCAAUGAAAACGUUUCAUGAUUAUUAUUUAAUUUUUGAUUGAACCCAUCUUUCAAUGUGAAUUUUACGGACGACUAAAUUUAUUUAAGGAGUUAAGCGGAAAAAACUAACACCAACGAGCAGAAUACACCAUUUUCCACAAAUGAGAAUGUAUGCCUAAUUUGUUGAAAGUGCACUUGGGUCACUAUUUGUUUGACGUAAAAAACCGACAUACUUAUUGGCAUACUUUCAUAGCUAUGAGAUUGAUGGAGCGAUUAUAUUUAUUUGGCCUUCUUUCCGUUCCCCGUUUUCGCUCUCGUCGACUUCCUCAAGAUACAAUAAAAUUAAAUCUAUACAAUCACUCUUCCUGCACACAGUUUAUAACCUAUUGUUCUAGAGUAUAGACAAAUUUAGAUGUAUUUUCCAUCACUCUCUCUCUCUUACUUGAUUGCAUAUUGGAACAACAAAAGUAUAUAUUUCAUCGUUUUAGAUAACGUACUUCAGUAAAUAAAAAAAGUAAAACGAGUUUUCUUCAAAUGUUGAAACAAAUAUUAUUGAACUUAAAAGUACUCAAAAGAAAAAGUUAAGGUAGCAGCAGAGACAAAAAAUCCUCAAUCGGACGAAAUCAAGAUAUCAACAAUACAAAUGUUUAAUGUAGGUUACGAUGAAAAAAAAAACACAGAAUUGGUUGUCUUUUCGUGGACAUUUUGAUAUUGUGUAGUUAUCGUUGUCCUCAUAAGUUAAAUUUUUGGUUCACUGUGUCGCAUUGAUGUUGAAUUUUUUGGCAAAAAUGUUUUCAUAAAUGAACGUUUUUAUUUUUAAAUGUGAAGAAGCUACUUGAAAAAACGUGUUGUUUUCUGUUGUUAUUUUGUUCUGUUCAAAACAGAUCGUUCAAUUCAGUAAAAUGUCAAUUUUCAUCUACGAAAAACAGCAUAAAAGCAGUUCAAAUUGAUCCUACUCAUAUGUUCUAAAAAUGGCAAACAAUGAUGCAACAUUGAAAAACCCCGGAAAGAAAGAGAGCAUUCCAUUGCUUGAUUGUUGAUCGGUCAAACAAAAAUGCAUAAAUUCGGCAAAGGUGAUUAAAAAUUUUAGUAGGAACCACCAUCUCUCCUAGAAAUAAAUCUUACCAUUUCCAAUUAUUACUAGUAACAAUAGGGAAAGAAAAACAGAUAGAAGUCUUGUUAUCUAAGUAUAUCGUAAAAGAAACUAUUUAUUGUUCUGUUUUGUUUUUGUGGUAUCCAUUAUUACGUGUAGUCCAAACUUAGAGAUCAAGCAGUUUUUCGAAAGUACUCGUUUGUUCCGUAUUCCGUUCUAAGAUCGUAUCGUACUAAAAAAAAAAUAAUAAAACAUAUACACGAAAAAUCUACUAAAUAAACACUUGGGCAACUGAAAACAAAAAAGUUAUUUAAAAAUCUAAUUAAAGCAAAGGCAACUUUAGAUGAAGCUGAUUUCGUUCAAGUUAGAAGUCACAAAACUCGCCCUGAAAAACGCACGGUUGAACUGUGCAGGGUAGGUUUUAUUAUUGUUUAUUUUUCAAUCAAACUAAUUAAUGUGUUUAAGUGUGUGUUUGACUCAGAUAACAUAAAAAAUCAAAAUUGCAAAACACGAUUUUCACCCUCAAUACGAGGCGAAAGAAGAACACUACGAGUGAUUGGUUGUGAAGACUGUUUGAAAAAAAAAUCGUGAAGAUUUAACUGUAGGAAAUGGUAUGAAUCACAAGAUGCGUAAGAAAAGUGAAAUAAGUGCGGAACGCACUAUAGACACCUACAUAUAGAGAGAGACACACACAUUCUCAAACACACACCCACACACUCACGCAAGUUUUAUGUAGUGAUGUUUUACUAUUUCCAUAGCAAGGCGGAAAUUUCAGAAUAAAACAAAUCUAGUAAAGAAAAAUAUUUAUUUUUGAAAUUGAAAAUACUGUGUUGUAA